UUUUUCGAUCCUGAAGGCCAGGCCUGGAAGCAAAGAGGCCUGUCCACUCAAAUUGCCCGUACUUUGUCCAAAGUCCGGGGUUGCCUACCACCACGUGCCCACUGACGCGCGUGUCUUACAACACAGAGCACGACGUCAUCAUAUUCAAGGCAGGCUUAUAAAGUCUACGCAUACCACACCACUCAGGACUAUUUCCGAUUACACCAUAACACUCAAUAACCAAAAUUUGCAUUGAACAUAAUUGAAAUUGAAAGACCAAAAACAAAUCCACCACAAUGCCUCUCGUCGUACCAGGAGUUCAAACCGAGGCCUCGUCGGCUGACAAGACCGAGGAAUUCACCAUGAAGCUGGCGGGCAAGAAGAUUGACGAGAUUGACAAGGACAAGGAUCUCCCCAAGGAGCACCGCAUCAUUCACCCAGGCCAGAUGGUCACCAAAGAUUACAACCCUGAUCGCCUCAACGUUCACGUUGACGACAACGGCAUCGUCUCGCAUGUCGCUCACGGUUGAACUUGGGUGUAGGAGGAUUGACAAGAAUUGGCGGAGGGGUAGGGGCGGGGUAGCUUAAAUUAAUGGAGGCGUUAUUGCCGUCCUCAACCUAUACUGAUACCAUGAGAUUGUAGACUGGCAGCCUUUUUACAAUUCCAUGGAAUCCUAAUAAACCACUCAUACUAAUAUUUACUGUGUCUGUAUGCUCGUUGGAAUGCAAAGAUGGGAGAGCUUGAACUACUGCC